AGCGCGCAGACUAACGAUAUAUAUAGAUCUGUCGAAAUGACGCAUUAGACGCUGAUUUGUGCAUUCGCUUAUUUAUUAUUAUUAUUAUCAUCAUAAAACAUGAUAUAAUGGCGACGGAGUGCACGCAAGAAUCCGUCCUGGACUUUCUAUUGGAAAAUGGGGGGCGUGUGAAAAACAAGGACUUGGUCGCGCAUUUUAAAGUCUUUCUGAGCAGCGAAAAUGCGAAGCGAGCCGUGCUAAAAGAGAGAUUUAAGCGUUUUGUGGACAAUAUCGCUUACGUGAAGCAAGAAAACGGGGAGAAAGUGGUGUGUUUGAAGAAGAAGUACAGAUACCCAGAGAUGCGCAGCGGGCGCGCGCAGGAUGAUAAGCCCGAUGAUGGUGAUGAUGAUGAAAACAUAAACAGAGGAAUUAAAUCAUUGCAUUUUGAAGAGAGCGUCAGCGUGCGUGAAGAAAUCAGUGAUCUGAAUCCUAAAUCAGAGGAGACUGUGAGAGAUGCUGAGGAGGAGCUGAGUGUGUCGGACAUCGCACUGAUUGAGAAACACUGCGAGCUCUCAGAUGCACAGGAGAAUGAAACCGUGCAUGGAAAUGAUGUAAUAAAAGCAAAUGCUCCCGAGCUCUCUAAUGCUCAGUCAACAGGAGAAGCGGAAUCUAGGGCAGGAGAAGCGGAGCUGGAGGCUGGAGUUGGCAGAGCUGCUGUCACGCCACAGGUCAUCAUUAGUAGACGGAGAACAUCGAGGGGAUCCCAGCGGAGUCUGCUGGCUGCUUCUGAGGAUGGAGCACACGAUGCACCGGCUGAGGAUGGCAGCACCCCUAAAUGCAGCCGCAAGAACUUCAUUGAGCUCAUGAUGAGCAGUUCUCCACAGGUGAGACGCUCACUGGUGCACCGUAACUCCCAAGGGCACAUGUCAGCCAGAAGCAGUGACUUCAGAAUGUCGUCUGUGGACGAGGAUUGUGCCUUGGUAACCUUAGACCCGCUGGAGCACGAGUGGAUGAUGUGCACGGCAGAUGGAGAGUGGGACAGUCUGCAGCGGCUGCUCGAGUGUGAACCCACGCUCAUCUCCAAGAAGGACUUUGUCACCGGGUUCACGUGUCUGCACUGGGCGGCCAAGCAAGGCAAACACGAGCUUUUCGCAAUGCUGGUGGAUUUCGCCAAACAGCACGGCGUCAGCAUCAACGUAAACACCCGAUCCAGCGCCGGCUACACACCUCUGCACCUGGCAGCCAUGCACAAUCACAUAGAGGUCAUGAAGCUGCUGGUGGGAGCGUAUGAUGCCGAUGUGGAUGUGAGGGAUUACAGCGGGAAGAAAGCGGCGCAGUAUCUCCGAUCCAGCGUCACAUGCGACAUCAAGGACAUCAUAGGAGCUUGUGUGAACUCUGACACGGAGAACGCAUCUGGAGCCGGGCGAUGGAAGCUUCCUAAAGUCCUGCAGUCCAACCUCAACCCUCUACGCUUACUAAACCACCCCGAGGAGCUGACGGCCGUCGGUCAGCCCAGGCCCAGGUCUCUGUAUCGCAAAUCCUCCAUCGGCCGCAUCAGACUGCAGAGGAACCGCUUCAAGACGCAGAUCGUCCACAGCACGUCAUUCAGAGAGAACGAGGAAAGAGAGGAGUCGCUCAAGAGCCCCGUCAAAUCCAGACCCAUAUCCAAUCUCUUCGGCUGAGACAGAAAUGUGAAUAAUAGAGACUUUAUUACUCUGAGAUCAACUGAGCUGCUUGUUUACUGCGUGGUUCAAACUAAUUUUCUUAGAAAAAUAAAAAAAUUAAUUAAUUGAAAAACUUGGGGGGGGAAAAAAUAAAUAACCAAAUAUAUAUAUAUAACAAUUAAUUAUUUAAAAUAAAAUAAAAAAUAUCUAAAUAAAUUUAUCAAAAUGAUGUUUGAUCAAAAUAUUCAAAUAAAUAAAAUAUGAAAAAUAUAUAAAAAAACAGGUUAAAAUCUAACAUCUAACAGUACUAUAGUGAGUAGAAAUAAAGGUACAUUUUACAAUAAGAUUUCAUUUGUGAACAUGAACUAACAAUGAACAAUACUUCUACAGCAUUUAUUAGUCUUAGUUAAUGUUAAUUCCAUCAUUUACUAAUACAUUUUCAAAUUAAAAGUUGUAUUUGUUAACUAAUUAAUGCACUUUGAACUAACAUGAACAAACAGUUGUAUACAGUUGUGUUUAUAUAUAUAUAUAUAUAUAGACACACUGUAUAUAUUGCUCAUUGUUAGUUAACAUUAAAUAAUGGUCAUUUUAAAACAAAAGAAGCACAAUCAUGUAAUAGAAGCGAAAUGUUUUACACAUAUUUAUAAUAUUGAUUUUUCGCAGUUUAAAUGGGACCUUUAUACGUGAAAUAUACGGUAUGUCUAUAUGCAGUAGCUGCUUUUUACAUUUUUAGGUUGGACGAGGAUGAGCAACUGGAGCCAAUUUAUGCACCACUAUUUUAUUACAACGAUGCUCUGAAAACAUAACGCAGGUUAUCUUGAUUCUGUAUUUCCACGGAUGCACUUUGUGUUUUGCGUGUCGUGUUGCUGUUGCAUGUGAUCGUCCUGCUCUCUGUUUCAGUUGCUGUGCCUUUACUGAUCGUCUUCCAGAUGCAGGACUGAACAUGUGUUGAGACUGUUAUCCUGUGAAUGUGAUUUCAGUGUGUUUAUGUGCUGAAGGUGAAGUUUAAAAAGCUGCUGUUUGAAUGCUUUAAGACAAAGUCUGAUUCCACGACCAGAAAGGAACAGUUCACCCGAAACACUGCAGUGAAUGGGUGCCGUCAGAACGAGAGCUGAUAAAAACAUCACAAUAAACCACAGCACUGCAGUCCAUCGGUUAACAUCUGGAGAAGACAAAACCUGAAACAAAUCCAGCAUUAAGACGGUUUUAACUCAAAUACGAGUCUAUAAUAACUUUGAUUGUGGGGUGAACUGUUCCUUUAAUAACCUUUAAUAAUAAUGCACUUUUAGCUGAUCAAAUUUCCUAAGCUUUAUUAUAUUAUAGCUUUUGUUUUUAAAGCUUCUAGCGAUCCCAAAUACUAAAACACUAAUGUGCAUUCUCAGUAAUUCCCAAUAAAGUGCCUUUAUUGAUAAUGAACCUUGUUUUAGGCACUUUUUGUAGAUUAAUAAUAUUUGAAAUCACCCUGAAAAUGUGCUCAGUGUUUUAUAUAUAAGGCUCCUUACAUACAAACUGUUGAAACCAGCGGCAUGUUUACGUUUCCUGAAGACAAUGUGAGCGGUGUUUGCCGUUGCUAUGGCGUUGCUAGGGUGUUCCAGCUGGUUACUAGGUGAUGUCGUAGCAUCUCUGUGAUGCUUUGCUCAUUCAUGCAGAAGCACUAAAGUUUUGACCGGACCGUACGAGUAAUGAUUCCUGACUUGGCAAUCAGCACUAAUUAACUGCUGCUCUUAAAUUACAGUCGUUAACCAUCUGCUGUCAGUGCAUUAUUUAUGUGACGUGACGACGCUCAGGAAGUCGUGUGGAAACCGGGAAACUCAGUUUGGUGUCACGCACAGAUUCACUUCUUUUGGUUCUCAUGAAAUGCUGGAGAACUGACAGCAGUAAUCUGAUGUAAAGCAGGUACGACGGCUUUUUCUGGCUGGAAGCUAUGAACACGGUGAUGUUGACGCUUGUCCUGACACAUCCAGCGCUUCCUCACCGUUAGAAACACUUCUUGUUUCAUGCAUUUGUCUUUGCUUUGUCAAAAAUAAAUUGGGCACUUGG